CUCGCCGUUCAAAACGUUCAAUCCGUUUGUAAACAUAGCGAAGUCUCAAACCAAUGUGAAGCCUGUUGCAUAGGCAACGCGGAAUGCACGUGUGGUUCCACCCCUUUUUAGCACGUAAACAGAGGGAUGACGAAAAUGGAGAAGCGUUUAUUAUCGAUUUUCCAAUGUCACAAUUGUUAGUUUGUUUGAGCACCCUCUUGCAAGGGUGAUUCAUUAAAACUACUAAAAGAUUUUUCUGAAUUAAAAUUUUUUUCGCGUAUUUCAAUCGUAAAACCAGUUGUUAUGUGGAAAUAAACAUUAGAAAUGUGAGCAAAAGUUAAAAGUGCAUUGAAAAAACAUGAAAUAAAUGAGAAAAAUCCAAAUAAGGGUAGCUUGGUUCAGUAUUUGCCGACCAACUGUUAAUAAACUCUUAUAAGAAAAAAAUAUCGAAAUUUUUUUUAAAAAAACUCAUCGAAACUGUGUUAUUCAUUUUGAAAUUCCAAUAUUGAUUACUUCUGAAUCUCGACGAGUAGUUGAAAAAUAUUUAUUUAACAAAGCCAGUGCAAAUUUGUCAAAAAACGAAUUAAACUAGGACAGCGACAUUAUGGGGCCACUAGAACCAACAAAAUACGGUGAACAGUUUCACGAACUGUACAUCAAUUGCUUGGAUAAUAGGAAAUCACCGCCUGGGAAUCGUGGCAAUCGAAAUCGUCGUCGUAAACGUAAUCGAACUUGUGCGGUAAACAACCAUGAUCAGCUAUCAAACAUCAAUCGCAUUGAAAUACUUCCAAAUGCAUCGAAAUUUGCGGUUUUUUCUGCGAUCCGAGCAAUUGUCAUGGAAUCAGAGUCCAAAUCACAAACGUUGUUCGAUAUUUUGGAGAGUAGCAAGAAGUUACAAUGCCAUCAAGCGGUGAAACAACAGGAUAUUGACACGGAUGCAGAGAGUUUGAUGGGUGACAUUACCGAGAAACAGCUCACAAUGCCAAUACCGCAGAUCGUGGGUGCUGGUUUGAAGGGGCUAUUUGAAUUGAUCGCUGAAGCAAGAAAUGUCAGUCCAAAUUUAUGUACAAAAGGGUUGCGAGCACUUUUCGAUGUGAUUCAGGGUCAAGUGCCGGAGAGUUUCACAUCGGAACCGAAUGACUUGAUUCAACCGCUAUAUGAUUUGCUGUUGAAUUUGGCCACAUUGCACGGUGGUCUACCGAAUCCACAAGAUUCGGAUUUAACCAACUGGUCAUCAAUUGCCUGUUCCGCAUUGCUUGGCUUGUGCAUUGCCCGUGGCGAUACUGGAAAAUCCAUCAAAGCGAUUGCCGCACUCAUAAUGUCACCGAAAAUUUUAUCUGGACAAAAUAUUCAGUUGCCCAUGGUACUAUCCACAUUGCAAAGAAGCAUUUAUGCCGUUGCCUUGGGCAAACCAACCAAACCGGAUUUCUUCACAAAUGGAGUGCCGAAAAAUUCUCUCAUUGAAGAGUUCAGCGUCAAAACCCAAAUGUCAGAGAGGGUUCAGUAUCAUGUUCAACCUUCAAUUGCAUCAAAUGGAAAACAUAUGUACAUUUUGUUGGGCAAGAGUUUAUUCAAAAUUGGUACUGGGUUCAAUGAAACGCUGAAGGGAUAUGUCUAUGCGGUGAAUCCGGAAUUUUGUAAAGAGAAAUGUGGAUGGAUCGGUUUUUGCGGUAAUUCGUUGUUUUACAAGAAAAUUUCCAAGCGAAGCAACGAAACCAUGUUGGUUGUUAAUACAGAGACUCUUUCCAUCAGCUCCACUAUCCAAAUUGCGAUGCCUCCGAAUAAAGAUGGACAAAACUGCAUCUUAUUUUCCGAUGAGGAUUCAUUGAAUGCUAUAUGCUCUUUGAAAGAUGAUAACUUGGUUAUACGGCAACUGUAUACCGUCGGCAGCACCGUACCAGAUUUGAUGCUUCAACUAGCACGGAAGAGCUUCAAGACCUAUGGAUAUGCCACUUUCGAAGAAGAACUGCUAAACCAACAACAAAUUCAAAAGAUCCAAACAUCGUUCAAUCCAUUCGAGAUGAAGUUCACAAGCGAGACAGAAAUCGCUGGAAUUGUGUGUGGCAAAGAAUUUGGAUUGAUUCGAGCAACAAAUGGCAAGAUUUAUUACUACGGCAAAUCGUCGGCGUUGGGCUUGAAAUCGAUUGGAAAGACACCUUCAAUGAAACCAAUCGAAUUGAUUGUUGCAAAAUCAUCGAACAUCGUUUAUGCGACAAUUGGUCAUGACGGAAUGCAUGCUAUUUUAAUCAAUGAGGACGGAAGUGUCUACUUUGCAGGAACUGCACGUCGAGGUGAGGACGGUGACUCGUCAAAGAAUCGUCGUCAACCGAAGGCUGUGAAACCAAAGAAAAUUGGCAAAGUGGAUGGUCACUUCAUUGUGCAUGCUUCUUGCAAUAAUGGCACUUCGGCUCUGGUAACAAACACAGGAAAACUCAUAAUGCUAGGAAAAGACACAAUGCACUGUGACGCAUCGACUGGAUUUGUGUCAGACAUUCUUGAUCAACACAUAACAAAAGUAGCACUUGGAAAGGCACAUACGGUGGCAUUGACUAGCAAAGGUCACAUAUUUACAUUUGGAAUGAACAACAAAGGACAAUGUGGCAGAUCAAAGGGGAAACCAUCUCAAUUUGCGCAAGAAAAUGUUGACUUUGGAAUGAAAUCACAGCAGUCGCAUUCAUCAUCUUCGGCGAAUCAAGUUGGAACACUGAAAGUGGAUGUUACCAAUAUGUGCGAUUUUGAAGAGCACAAUAUUGUGCAUGGACAGUGCAGAGUUUGUACGAUUUGUCGGGAAUGCACUGGAUAUAACGUUUCAUGUGUCAGCACACAAAAUAUAACCAUCGAUCAGAGGAUUCCGGGAGCAAAUUGUGCUUGUGGCACCGGUGACGGUGGCUGUUCGAAAUGUGGAGCAUGUUCAACUUGUAUAUCAUUUCAAGAGUCAGAUGGAACCGGAGAUGGCAAGGAUAACAAACCAUUCACAUUCCUUCUGCGCCAGCGUUCAAAAGGCUGGAUCAGUCGAUCCAAAGACAAACGAAUGCCCGAAACUCAAAACGCAAUUGCCGAAGUUGACCGUGAUACAACGCCGCGCGUUGCUCCAUUACCACCGCAAAAAGUAUCGCUCCCAACCACCAGUCCGGUCAUACAAAUUGCCUGCGGACUUCAUCACACCGUAGUUUUAACUCAAAAUGGUGAAGUCUUUACAUUUGGUAGCAAUCAAUAUGGUCAGCUCGGUACCGGUGACCUCGUGCCAUACGUUGGACCAGUUCAGGUUAAACUGAAUUCGUUCAUCGUUCAAGUUGCUGCUGGAAGCAAUCACACAGUGUUACUAUCUGCUCGCGGAGUAAUUUAUACAUUUGGCAGUCAUUUGAAAGGACAAUUGGGUCGAUUGCCUCAUGACAUGCAGCACAAUGUUAACCUCUUGGAUGAGUUCCAAAAAUCAGAGUCAAACGAAGACGGUCAAGCGGAUAUUUCGAACUUGGUUAUGAUAAAGCAGAAGUUCUUAUGGAAUUGUACUCCCGGACAAGUGUCUGGAAUUGGACCGCAAUACGGCAAAAGGGCCACCAUGAUAUUUGCUUGUGGUGAUCAAACCUUCUUCAAAGUUGACGAAUCAAUUUUAACUGGAGCUAUGUUGCCAAAGAUCAAUGUUGUAGCGAAUAAAUCAACCAUUUUAUUGAUUCCACAAAUUCCGAUGUCAUUCAACUGUUUGUCUAUCAACCGUCGGGAUGGAAGUUGUAUCCCCCACAGCAGUGGUCAAGUUAACUUCGCUAAAAUCAUUCAAAACAACAUAAACGCCGUUUCGCAAUUGGCUUUUGAUAAAUGCAAUCAGAAUGUAGACGCAAAUCAAGCGCAAGCCAGCUCGGCAAUCGAUCGUAUGUCGCAAAGUGUUUAUGACACGUGCCAUCAAAUAUUUGAUGAACAGGAAAAUUUGCAAUUCUCUGAGCAUCAUCAUCAUCGUCCACCACAACGGCGUAAAUGCAUCGAGUCGGCACAGUGCGCUAAAUACGAAAAAGUUUUUCCACAACUUGCUUUCGAAAUGGAUUCAUUGUACGGCGUUUUGUGGGUGUUUGAUGCCAUCGAGAAAAAGUGCUUCUUGUACAAUGUUAUUGGUAGCGAGGUACCGCGGAAUUUCGAAUAUUCCAACCAUAUUCUGGCAAUUUUGCAACCCGAACUUAUGCUGCCGAAGAAGAAAGCAGAUGUUUUCAUCACGAGAAAUUUAGCGUCGGUGAAUUUACUUGCCUGUUUGGACAUUCUUACAUCUGUUCCGGAUGCUAUACCAUCCUGCUUCGAGCAAACUCCCAAGCCGGCUGGGUCAGCAAUGAAGGAUUCAAUUAGUGUAAACGAUUUCCAAACGGUCACACGUUUCGAAAACUUUGGCGGAGGUUGGGGCUACAGUGGUCAUUCAGUUGAGGCUAUUCGAUUUAUGGCUGAUACAGAUGUGGUUUUGGUUGGAUUUGGAAUGUACGGCGGCCGUGGAGAAUAUACGUGCAAACUCAAGUUGUACGACCUGGGUAUGGAUGGAAUUGGCUAUGAGAAGGACGGGACACUUUUGGUUGAGACCGACGAGGUGCCGUAUGAAUGUCCAGCUCGCAGCAAGCACAAUAUUUUCUUACCGAAAACAAUAAACCUCACCGCAAAUCGAUGGUAUUUGAUAUGGGCUCGAAUUGCAGGCCCGUCCAGUGAUUGUGGAUCGAGUGGUCAAACGAGUAUCACAACCGAAGAUCAAAUUGUUUUCAAUUUCCGAACAUCAAAGAAGGCGAACAAUGGCACCGAUACCACUUCAGGACAAAUCCCAUCGAUUCUCUACCGUGUUAUCAAUCAAGAAACGAAGCUACCGAUAACCAACUCAGACACUGACCCAGUUCACAAAGUAUCGCAACACUUUGCCAACUCAGUCACGAAAGAUUGCUUCCAGAGCUUGAUCACGCUACUCAAGUGGUCAUGGGGCACUUUUAAAUUGACACUGAAUGACUUGAGAGAUAAGAAAAACUUCUCUCAAUCGAUGUCAACUUGCCAUCGGCUAUAUUAUGUUAGCAAAGUGUGUUUACGGCUCUUGCGAAAGUACACAAAUGAAAUCUACCCAAAUGACAUAUCGAAAAGUGAUAAAUUUCAAAUGAGAAAACGGGCUGCCGAAGGUGAAGGAAGAAAUGAAACACAAAUAUAUGGAGUCUCCCAAACACCAGCAUCUACGAUAAAGCAAAAGCCUCUUAUAAAGCACAUGAUGUCAAGUAGUUUAGAUGUGACUACUUCAACCAGUCAGAAGAAAUUACCCGGUGAAAAUCUGCAAUUGGCCGAGUGUGUUGGAGAUGUUCGCGCCUUACUCAUCGAUAUUUUGUGUGAUGAAAUCGCAUUGAGUGUUGAAAGCGAAGGUUACGAUUCAACAAUGGAAAUUUUGGAUGAAUGCCAUACUACAUUCUUGUCCUGUUUCAACGCAUUUUAUCCCACAAAUACGCUUAAAUGGAAUUGCUUGUGUGAUUUACUUAUGAAAAAGGAUAAGGGUAUCAUGCAUGCACGACUGUUGAGUGCUAUUUUAGCUGGUCUCUGCAAUACUAACGUUAAGCUAAAAUCAACCUUUCCACUUUUGUCGACGAACCGAGAAAGCAUGUCAAUCAUAAGUCCAAGUGACAAUUCCGGCUUACCCAUGCUAUCCAGUGCGGAAAAUUAUCAAUUUCCUGUUUUGGUCGAGCAAAUGACCUAUCGCACGCAAUUGGAGAAAAAUGAAUUUCUAUGCAACAACUGGACAUUCAACGACGUUUUAGUGCGACUCCUCGACAUUAUUGCAUACCCAAUCAAAUCCAAAAUUGAAAAUGUUCACAAUCGCUGUGGAUAUUCGUUGACAUCAAUCAAUACUGGAAUUCAUCAAAAAUUGAUUGAUAAUUGUUGCCAUCUUCUUGCCCGCGUUUUGUCAGAAAUUAUUUUCCAAAGUGCUCCAGAGAAUGAAAUUCCAUCGCUACCAUCUCAAAGUAUUCGAUCGACCGGGUGUCGGUUUGCUCGGCGUGAUCCAUUGCGUACUUGGAACACAGGGAAUUUCGGUCCGGAUGCAAUUUGUUUCAACGUCGAUCGGCCUGGUAUCGCAAUAGCUGGAGCUGUCGUCUAUUCUGGCACCGGGUCAUAUGAAUUCCAGUUGGAAUUACUGUACGACACUUUGGAGUCAACAAUAGAUCAACAUAAAUGGGAAACAUUGGAAUCGAUUUCUGGUACAUAUGAUCAGGAUAUCGUUAGCAACGAUAUGGUUGAACUGAAGUUUGAACGUCCAGUUCACAUUAAGGAAAAUACUCGGUAUGCAAUUCGUUUAUGCUCUCAAGGUGCGCGCACAUGUUCGGGUGAUAAUGGAUUUCCGUCGAUCAGAGGUCCUUGCGGAGCGAUGUUUUCAUUUUAUCCGUGUGAUUUGAGUUUCAACGGAACGACUCCAACACGUGGACAAAUUCCGUGCUUGCUUUAUUACAGCUCUCCGCUGAAGUCAGAGUCGAUCAACGGGAAAAUUCGUACUGAAAUUCACGCAAGAGACACAGCACUUAAGGUAUGUCAAUCGAUAUCACAAAAAAAAUGCACAGAUCUCUUGAUCCUCGCACGAAAUGCUUUAGCAACAUCAAUUACUCCCUCAGACAAAAGUGGAAACUCAUCAAACAACACGCAAACGAUUGACUCCGAGCAAAAUAUUACCCCGAUUGAAGAGCAUGUCGAUAUUACAUUCACACACAAUAAUACUCACGCCAAUAACACACCAACUGAGACGACGCCAAAGAAUAUUUCGACUGCUCGCGAUAUAACCAAGCGCCUUGAAUCGUUCUCUAAGGGUAUUUUUGAAACAUUAAAGUUUGACAAACGAUCGACGAAUCCGUUCGAAUAUGAAAUCGAAAUUGGUUCCACUGAGAUCCAUCCAAAAGAUUUGAUCAAGGAAAAUGAUAUCAAGUCCGAUCAAAUGUCGAAAAUAAAUGGAAAUAACGGAUCGAAUCAUGGGUGCUUGAGAGAUUUCGGAUUCUCAAAAUCAGAAGAAGACCGAAUGGAAACGUAUGAAGAGAAAAUUCUGAGCAUUUUUGAACAUAAAACAUCGAGCAUGUUCCAUACACUGCUACCGCUGACUUUCGGCCACAUUGCGGCCUUGGCUAAUAGUGACCCCCGGAGCUCUGUUGAAGUUUUGACUUUGAUUCGGGAAAUUCUUCCACAUGUAGCUGCACUCAACAAAAUCAGUUCUGUAAAGAAUACCGUCUUCGAGAAAGUAACAUCUCACAUGAAGGCGGAAUUGAACGAUGAAGCCGAAGAGAAUGCGGAGUUCAUGAAUGAUGAUUCAAAUACAGCUACUUUGAUCACUAGCAAAGUUAAUACAACCGAUUUGGUGACAACAAGCAAUCAUUAUUGUAUCGUCGAAAGCGAUCACCCAUAUAAGGCGGCUUCGAUAAACAAUUACAAAGUCGAGUUCCCUCCAUGUGUACAAUGGUUGACCAUCGAAUUUGAUCCAAUGAGUGGUACGGCGCAGCCAGAGGACUACUUACUUGUAUCGAUUCCGAAGCAAGCACCAGUCAUAUCGACAACAUCAGUAUCCCCAGAUCAAUCCUGUUCCCAGUAUGAUGAGCCUGAUGCCGUUGAUGGAUCCACUUCAUUUGACUCGGAUAAUUUGGGCAUUUGUAAAAAUGCCCGUUUGACUACAUCUUUCGAUUCGUUCGCCAAGGAACGAAAAGGAUCGGGCAGUGGGGAAGAGGAUGAAUGGCAUAUCGCUCAAAUGUUCAAUAAAUCAUCUCAUUGGACACAAAACGCGCUGAUUCUACCUGGAAAUAAGGUUAACAUCUCGUUAGAAACAGCCACAAACUACGCUCAUGAUCAACACGCCAACAAUUUUGGUUUCAAAUGCUUGAUCGUUGGUUAUGACAAUCCGUUUUUAAUCACAAAACUUCCCAAUUCGACAUUGAACUGGUUAGAAUGUGAGCUUGCAUAUUUGGGCGGAAUGUGCAGCGCUAGUUUACUGAAGAAAAGUUUGAUUUUGCCUGGUGAGAAUCCAUUGGAGGAUUUUUCGUCAGUUGAAAAAACUAUUCAAGUGCAUUCAGCACUCUUGUCAAAGGGAUUGGCUCUUUCGGAUUCGAUUUUGACGAUCAAUCAAGCUCUGGAUUCAUAUCUACCUAUUGGAGGAAAUUCGAAUGAGAGACAAUUUUUGAAAGACUUUGUUGGAGCGGUGCCCGGAUCAUCUGGCGAACGAUUAGCGUGCUGGCUUCAACCCGAUAGACGACUCGACCCAAAUAAGUGUGAAUUGAAAGCGAUAAGUGAACCAGUACGCUAUGGCUGGCCAACGCACUUGACUAUUAUUACUCGCGAUCAGUAUGGAGAUCCUGUAUAUGUACCGAAUUUAAAGAUUCAAAUUAAGGCGAUACCAUCCGCAAAUGGGCUGAAUGGAAAUCGAAAAGGGAAACGUCUUUCGCAAAUUGAUUUGAAUGCCUACAAAGGAGUUGUGAUGCCACCACGUAUGCCAUAUGAACCGACUAACAAAGACAAAAUGUGCUUUAAAGCCAUCACUUUCAUGAAGCCAUACCAACAUUACUCAUUCGAGGAGCUUCGCUUUUGCAAUCCAUCUCAGAAUAAAGUAUCGGAAGUUCUGUUCGCUGCUGACUUGGGCGAUUACUCAUACGGUAGCAUUUGGACGCCAAAUGCAAUCGGUCACUUCUCACUAUCGAUCACAAUCGAUGGAGUUACUUUAGAAGAAGUUUAUCGAACAGAAGUGAAAGAAGCUGGCAUUCCACCGCCACCGCAGAAAAUUUCUUUGGAAAAAAGUCAACCUCAGAAUAAAUUGCGACGAUUCCGUGCGGACAAUUCAGCCGGUUUGCGAAUCCGUUCACAUCCAACAUUACAAUCGGAGCAAGUUGGCAUUAUUAAAAUGGAUGGCAUUAUUUCAUUUAUUGAUGAGGUUGAAAACGACGACGGUUUAUGGGUCAGAUUGUCAACAGAAUCAAUUCGACAGCACUGUCAGCCAGGGUGGUAUCCGCUUGAAGCCUGGUGUCUGCAAUACAAUCAACAUAUUGACAAGAUGCUUUUGCAUCCGAUUAUUCAGAUGGCGGUCACACGACAAGAAUUUUUAUCUUCCAGACAACAUGAUGACUCUUUCGUUGAUAGUGAAGCAACGCCUACGUCUGAUACGCAUCACCUAACCACCAUUGCACCGGAGAUCGUUCCAAGAAAAUCUCCAAUCAGAAAAAAUCGACAGGCCGAGGAAAGAUUGGUUGAAACAAAUCCAUUCAAAGACGUUUUCAAGAAUCCAGAAAGAGAAUAUACUGAAUCGUUACCGUUGAGUGGCAAAACAUCGCGCAUACCAAGAAAUCCGUUCGAAAAAUUAACAAAGCGUUCUGGCAAAGUGAUUGAAGAUGCAGAUGACUUAGAGGAAUAUGAUUCACAAGAUGAAUGCGAAAAGAGUGCAAUGUCAUCUGUUUCAUCGUCGCCAAACUAUAAUCAAGGCAAACAGAAUCAAAUAUCACAAUCAAAUAUUGGCAGUUGGACAGUGGGUAUGAUGGGAGGCAGCUCCAGCAAAUUGCAAGCCAUUCAAAAGUGGUUCAAGAGUGACAGUUUAGAUGGCAAAGACAGUCCAAGAAAAGGACGUGGCGACUUCACAGAAUUGGCUUCGGUUUCCGUUCGUGAUUUGGUCAAAGCAAUUGGAGGAAAUUCCAACGAUGGAAAAGGUAACUGUAACUCACAGCAUCAUGCACUUAGUCAAAGUUCAAGCCCGAUUUCGAUACCGUUCAAACAAUCAGCAUACAGCAGUAGCUCAAAGUCGGUCGAAGUUUCCGAAACAUCGGGUGUUCAGAACUCAUUCACUUUCAGCGACACGAAGGAGAAUAUUCCUGAAUCGAUUUUCGGUGGAUCUCAUUCGUCACAGACUGAUUUCGAUACGACAUCAUCAAAUCGAAGCCGAGGGGGAUUCUUUCAGUUCGACAAUGAGCAAUUUCAAUUGAAUGAGCAGCGUUUUGAGCCCCAAUCACCACGCAAACAAAUGAAACGGACCAUCACUGUUUCAAUGGACUCACAAGUCUGUUCGUCACCAUUGAAAACUCUCAAAACUAACGAUUCAUCCACAAAAAAGUUCUGCAACACCGACCAACCAGAAACAAUGGAAAGGGAAGAAAAUGAAAAUGGCAUUUCAUCCGAUUCAAAAGCAUUCCCGAAACGUGCACUACCAGCUGGAUUAGCUGAAAGUUUUCGUGCAGUGUUUGCUGCAUUUUUAUGGCACGAAGGGCUCGUUUAUGAUGCAAUGGCAUGCUCAUCGUAUUUAAAAUUCCACCCUUCACUACCAAAGAGAAAUGCACUCACAUUCACAAACGACGUCGUUAAAGCUGAUCCAGUUCAUUUAUCGAAGGAACAACGUGCGAGACAACGAUAUUCAGUCGAAGUAGCUAAUGCUGGUAAUUACUUGAACAUCCGGCCAUCGACACUUGAAACACUUAACAAAUCGGGGCAAUCCAGUAUUUUCAAUCGACGUAAUCGAAAGACGAAUAGCCAAAUGACUUCACCCGAUCAAGGCAAAUCGGAUUCGUUGCCUGAAAUGUCAACGAGUUGUCCACCAGCCUUGCGCUGCCUAGUUUUUCUAUGGGAACAAAUCAGCGCAAACUGCAUUCAAGUAAUUCAGAGAAAUGGCAUCAAUCUUGAGAACGAACAGAAUAUCAAAGACUCAACUCUAAUUGACGAUCAAAAUGCCAGUGAUUUCGAAUCUAGGAAGGGUGACGUGAAAAAGGAUGAUGGCUCAUACUGCGAGCUAUGUGAACUGUUCCUACCGAUUCCCGUCACUUACCACAUGCGCUUGGUUCAUCCUGGAUGCGGCAAACGUGCCAAGGGCAAAGGUUACAAUUCUGUUGGCACAUACUGUGAAGGUUGGGCCGGAAAUUGUGGCGAAGGUGGCCGAGGCGCAUCGAGUUGGUAUCUCAUGUGUGAAAGUUGCCAUGACAAGUACAUGGAGGGGAACCACAACGGUCAAAUCAUAAGCAACCUGGCCUGUCCACCACCAUAUUUAUCCAAUCAAAAACUACAUUCAAUUACCGCCAUGAAAACUAGCAGCGAUUCCAAUUUCGAUAUGUUCCAAAUGAUGAAAGAAAAUGCUCUAUUUUUAUUGGAAUUAUCGUCCACCAAUUCACCGAUUUUGGGUAAUCAAAGAAAGUUGCCGCAUCAAAUGCCGGUGGUGAAUGAACAUCAAAUAGUUGAUCCAAACCGAGCUGGGUCGAGCCGAAAUGAAGCUCUAUUUGUUAAUCGGUACGGAAAGAGUUUCAGAGGCUCACGGAAAUCCGAAGCAUCUUCUCCUGAUUUAAUUUGGUCAGUGCCGGAAAUGUUUUUGUGCCUCGAGUCUUUGGGAGCGCAUGUGGCCAGAGAUUCAGCGCCAUAUGAUCGCAUUAGCUACUCCGAGAGCAGUUUUGAUAGACCUUUGUCCGAUGUCUCGUUGGAUGUUGGAGAUGGUGGCCCAUACGGAAAUGGUGCCAUUAUGAAUAGUUCAAUAACGAGCAAUAACACACUAUCAAAGUUCCAUCGUUCCAUGUCGAUGGGCCAAGGUUGGUCGGGACAAUCACUGUCGACAAAUCGCUACGGAUAUCAGCCCGAUGAAAAUUGUGAGACUAAAGUUGUUAUGCGACGAAAGAACAACAAAAUUUGCGAUACCGAUGGUUCCUUGUCAUUAUGCCAGCCAUCGGAAAAUCUCCGUAAACUAGUGCCAGAAGAGGUAUUCAACUUCAAUGCAGCAAUGCAAUCAUACUCAAAGCUUGCCUCAACAUUGUUGCCAUCUAACAAUCCCUUGGAAAAUCUGGAUGUAAAAAAUGAGAACGACGUCGACGAGCAAUUGUCACUGGAUGGUGAUAAUCAAGAGGAGUUUGUCAUCAUUUCCAAAAUCGGCGAUUCACGAAAUGCAACUGUCGACAUUUCUCUGGCAACAGCCAAUGAAUUGACCAAACGGAAUGCAUCAAAUCUAAUUGAUAUGCCAAAUCUUCUAGUGCGGCCAACACUCAUGUUCUGCUUGCAGUCACAUAAUUUGGAAAAAUUGCGUUAUGCGAUGAAACGAAAUCUUCGGAUCGCAACGUGCCGAAUUUUUGCGUUACAAGCUAUGAAUUGGUUCAUUCGAUCGGUGACCCAAACAAACUGUUUACAUGACUUGAUGUGGUGGUUUGUUUCAUCGUUGAAUCCCGCAAUGGAGGAUGAAAUCAUCAAAUAUGAGGAACAAGCGCUGGAGCAUCCAAUGACAUCGAUCAAAAUGUGUGAUAAGAUUUCGUCAUUGUUAACGCAAAGUUUCCACGCAUUUUUGCAGUCUGUUGCCGAUUUAACAUUGUUGCUUCCAUCAGGAUCGGCACUUCAGCAGCUGGCCAUUCAGUGCUUUGGAAUUAAAUUCAAUCAAAAUGAUCAUCAUUUUUUGCAUCAGUCGCAUGUCUUUGGGAAUAUUUCCAAGAUUCUUUCGCGCUCCGAUGAGCUUCGAGAGCACCAAGCUGACGAUGUUCCAUUCAUUUUCGGUGAUGUGAACGUACUGUUGAAUAACCAUGGAAAUGUGGGUGGCACCAAGUUCUAUUCACUUGUCGACAUGAGCGGAAUGUUUGAAGUGAAUGUCUCGUCACGACUUGCAAUGGCCUCGGCGCUGACCGACAAUUCAACGGAGACAUUCUGGGAGAGUGAUGAAGAAGACCGGAACAAAUCCAAGACAAUCGAAGUGUCUCUGAAUAAAUUCCAAUAUUCGUGCAAAAUGAUAGCCGUGCACAUUGAUAACACUCGAGAUGUUCAGAAUAAAGUGACCAACAUCUUAUUUUAUGGCGGCCAAUCGUUGGGCGAUACCAAUUUGAUUAAGUCAUACGACGUGGAUUCAAAAACUGGAUCAUGGAUCUCUGCCAAUGUUGCGGACGAAUCCUACAUUCACUUCCGAAUCGAACUGAAGGGUGCUGAAACAUUGCGUGUGCGUCAAAUAAAAUUGCUCGGCAUUCCGAUAAGUAGUGAUGAAAUGGUUUUGAAACCAAAUAUAAAGUUGCUCAAUUCAUCUCAAAUCCAACAUCGCAAUUGUGAAACUGAAACGCUUCGAGUAUUCCGACUACUAACGUCCCAAGUAUUUGGCAAAUUGAUUUUGGGAAGUGAAAAUGACCAGGACGUCGAUCAGGACACAAACAAUGAAGGCGCAAUUUCGAAUAACCUACGAUCGGUUGGUACCAUCGGGGGAGCGCUUGACUCAAAUGGUACAUCAAUGUUGGCUGAUUCAUUGGAUCUGCGCGAGCAUAUGGUUGGCAUUUUGUUUAGUCGAAGCAAACUAAGCCAUUUGCAGAAGCAAGUAAUCGUUCAUAUCGUUCAUGCGAUCCGAAAAGAAACGAUCCGUGCCAAAGAGGAAUGGGAAGCCAAUUCGGCAUUGAUGUUUGACAAUCGAUGUGUCAAUUCAGAAGUUCAAUUGUUGAAUAGUGAACACAAAAGUGAUUCAGCGAGUGAGAAUUCACGAGCGCCUGACAUUUACUGUUUUGAGAUGUUGAGUAUGGUUUUGGCGUUGUCGGGCAGUGCCGUCGGUCGAUCAUAUCUAUCAAAUCAGCAUGGAUUAUUAAAAGAUCUAUUGACACUUCUACACACAGGAAGUGAUCGUGUUCAACGUCAAGUAACGGCUUUGCUUCGACGAAUUUUACCCGAACUUUCACCAGAGCAAUUCGCCGAUAUUCUCAAUGUGUACAGUCUACCACCGAGCGAUUUCAAUAUUUCCAAUCAAAGCAACGAAGAAUUCGAUAUGAAUCGCUUGGGUAUACUUGACAUUUUCUUGGCAGUCAUCGCUAAAUCACUGCAGCUACAAGUAAAAAUUAAAUCAACCAGCGCAUCAACCUCGAAUAAGCAACCGAUUUCAUUACAAUUAUUCAAUUGCAUCGAUUUUGGCAUAUCAAAUUUACACUUGCAAGAAAAAGACUCGCAGGGAAAAUUGCCAAAAGGUAUCAGUUCUGUAAUAGACACAGCCGGAACGUCAGAUUUCGAAUUCAUUCCAAAAAAGUCAGAGUCGAGGAAUUUAAAUCAACGCUGGUUCUUGAGAGGCACUAUCAAUAUUAAGCAAGCCGAAAAUAUCAUUACUUUAAUUCGCGACAUGGCCAACGGAAAACUAUCGGAUAAAUGGUCAACGGUAACCAAGGCUGCAAUCGCCGAAUCCAUACUGAAUCUAACACGCCUCGAUGAAAUCUAUCGUACACAUGAAAAUUGCAUCAAAACGACCACUCUGUGGCUGGCCUUGGCAAGCUUGUGUGUUUUAGACAAGGAUCAUGUGGAAAGACUGUCAUCUGGACAAUGGUCAAAGAUAUCUGAAACUCGGCCGUUGUGUUCGAACCAUGACGACGGAGUGACGGCAGCGAUCAUUCAAUGUGAGACGUGUCAGUCAUUGUGCGCCGAUUGUGAUCGCUUCUUGCAUUUGAGCCGAAAAACUAGGAAUCAUCGUCGUACCGUGUGCAAAGAGGAAGAAGAUGCCAUUCGCGUUGAAUUACAUGAGGGCUGUGGACGAACUAAACUAUUUUGGUUGCUUGCUUUGGCUGAUUCCCGAACUUUGAAGGCGAUCAUUGAGUUUCGUGAUGGCAAUAUAGCCGCUGUAUCAGGGCCAACAACGUCCACAGGUCGAUGUCGAUUUUGUGGUACGGUGGGUGAUUCUGGUUUGUUGGCAAUGGGCAAUGUUUGUGCCGAUAAGGAGUGUCAAGAGUUUGCGGCAAAUGUAUGCGCAAAAACAAAGCUCUGUGGCCACCCGUGUGGUGGGGUGAUCAACGAAACCAAAUGCUUGCCAUGCCUAGAAGUGGUGUGUCAUAAACGAGAAAAUGAACUGUCAGAGAGUUUGAAGGAGCCAAAACUCACUCAAGACGCUGACGAUAUGUGUAUGAUUUGUUUUGUGGAAGCACUAUCAUGUGCACCAGCAAUCCAUCUCGAAUGUGGACACGUUUUCCAUUAUCACUGCUGUCGCACUGUGCUUGAAAAGCAUUGGAUUGGUCCACGUAUUAGCUUUGGUUUUUCAUUGUGCCCCAUAUGUAAAGCUGAUAUAAUGCAUUAUAUGUUGGCCGAUCUACUCGAUCCAAUCAAUGAAUUGAAAGCCGACGUCAAACGAAAGGCCAUUAUGCGCUUGGAGUACGAGGGGAUCGUCCAAUCAGUCAAUCAGAAAGAUCUUGCAGCCUAUGCAAUGGAUCGAUAUGCGUAUUAUGUUUGUUAUAAAUGCUCUAAGGCAUAUUAUGGAGGAGAGGCUCGGUGUGAUGCUGAAAUGGGAGACAAAUACAAUCCACAGGAGUUGGUUUGCGGAGGGUGUAGUGACGUAGCGCGUGCACAGAUGUGUCCAAAACACGGUAUGGAUUAUCUCGAAUACAAAUGUCGAUUUUGCUGUUCGGUGGCAGUGUACUUUUGCUUUGGAUCAACGCAUUUUUGUGACACGUGCCAUGAUGACUUUCAACGUUUAACAAAUAUCCCGAAACAAAAGCUACCGAAAUGCCCAGCUGGACCGAAAGCCAAGCAACUCAUGGGUGAAGAUUGUCCGUUACAUGUUGUUCAUCCACCAACGGGAGAAGAAUUCGCUUUGGGAUGUGGCAUUUGUCGAAAUGCUCAAACCUUCUGAAUGCAAGAUAAAUUCUGUAUUUUCUAGUCAAUCUAUAUUACAAUUAAUUUAUUCUCAGAAAUUUUUUGAGUUGGAUUUACACAUAGCAUAAAACUGUCGUGGUCAGACUAACAAUUAUGUUUGAAUUCAUAUUUUAAAAAUAAUCUUAGAAAAAAAGGAUAGAGCAUAUUCAAAGGCAAAAUUUAACUUGAGUAUUCAUUAUUAUUGUAUUGUGCAAUUUCUUUGACAUUUUCAAUAAACAUUCUCCAUGAAUAACCAAACCCUA